AUGGAACUGCUGCAGAUGCCCUUACAGUCUUACCGCGAUUAUUGCCGAGGGAAGCAACUAGAUGAGUCUAGGUAUCAGAACUUCGACAUGGUAGAUGAAAAUGAAAUUCUACUCGAUAUAGUCACAGAUCGCAAUCAAAGCAUGGACCUACAACUACAUCAACAAGCAUCAAAUGUACAGAAACGAAAAGAAAAAUCACCACUUAAAACUGGAACUUCUGAGCGUAAAAGAUCAGCGCGUAAACCUUACAAAAAGUUUAACGAUGAGGAAAAGGAUCAUUUCUUUUUUCUGGUUAACAAGAAAAUAAUGACAGCAGGAAAAGCUGCGCGGAGAAUGGGAAUUCCUCGUCGAACUGCGUAUAGCUGGCUGAAGAAACGUCAAGAAAAACCUUGUGAUGAGAUUCAACCAUCAAAAAAGACUGCAGGCAGACCACCAAUCUUUAACGAAAUUCACAAAGAUUAUUUGUUAAAAUUCAUCAACAACAACCCUUUGGCAGUAUUAAAGCAAAUCGAGGAGAGUGUUGCUAAUGAGUUUAGCGAUAUAACUGUUUGUAAAUCUACCUUGUACGACUUUAUGACGAAGAAGUGUGGCUUAACGUUGGAAAGAGCUCAUUUAAAUUCAAAGAAACAAUCCAAAAAAUGUCGAAGCAAUAUAUAA